AUGCCUGCGUAUCACUCGACUUUCCCCGUAGAUCCUAGCACUGACCGCAUGGUAGGGAACUUUGCGCUUCUGCCCUUGAAUACCAAAUUCAGAGGUCCUGCAUACCCCAGCAAUUCUGAUUACGAUAUCAUUGACGAGUGUUUGGAUCUAUUUCGUGCUAAUUCCUUCUUCAAGAAUUUUGAAAUCAAAUCUCCAGCUGACAGAGUGCUCAUCUAUGGGAUCCUCUUUAUCAAUGAUUGCCUAGCACAUUUGAAGUUAACAGUGCCAUUUAACGAAGCGGUCAAGGUUUUGACCAACGUAGCCUUGGAUAAUUUUACUUUACCUGGUACCCCAGGAUUUCCUCUGAAUAAUGUUUAUCAAGUACCAGUACAAGACCAUAAUUCAAUGGACUUGUUAAAGACUUAUAUCCAGCAGUUUCGUCAAGAAUUAGCAAUGAGACUGUUGGAUAGAAUCUAUAGCUCUAAAGACUCUAAUGAACAGCCUUCGAAGUUUUGGUUAGCUUUCACUAGAAGAAGAUUUAUGAAUAAGUCAUUAUAA